CAGCAGGCUCUGCUCACACACCAGAGAGAGAGAGACACACACAUCGCUGAAACACAGAGCUGUGCUGGACAGUCCUGCACACAUGUGACACAGCAAGGGAAUGCCAGCAGGGCAAACUGGGAGCACAAACUGGCAUAUACUAGGAGCAGAGCACUUUGAACAAGUACAGACUGGGAAUAGGAAAUCCAGAACGAGUAGAAAUCGGGAGCUGAUCAGCACAGACAGAGACACUUUCAACCAACAAAACUGUGUCGAGGAAGAGAUUUGAAAGAGCAGCAGGACAGGAGGAGUACCGAACCAUGCCAGCAGCCCUGCAAACCUGCACAUAAAGAAAAGGAAUCCACCGCAGUGCUGCUCUGUUUCUCUGUCUGGUGCAGUGCUGCUGAGGUGCCCGGCUCGCUCAUGAUCUCACACUGCCCUGUCGGGGCGCUGCCCCCCUGGAGCCCCACUGGAGAGCCCCCCUUUCUCUUCAACCAACGCCGCUCCGUCAUCAGAGACAUCCAGCAGAGCCUGGAGCUGGAGCUACUGGGGGAGCCCAACGUGGCCCUGCAGAGAUACCAAACCAGGCCCCCUGAGGACAGCAGCUCCUGGCAGAGUUCCGUCCAGGACUGGGGAGAGGAGGUGGAGGAGGGAGCCAUCUACAAUGUCACACUCAAGAGGGUCCAGAUCCAACAGGCUGCCAACAAGGGAGCGCGCUGGCUGGGGGCGGAUGGUGACCGGCUGCCCCCGGGUCACACGGUCAGCCAGCUAGAGACGUGUAAGAUCCGCUCCAUCAAGGCCGGGACGCUAGAGCGGCUGGUGGAGACGCUGCUGACUGCCUUCGGGGACAACGACUUCACCUACAUCAGCAUCUUCCUGUCCACAUACCGGGCCUUCGCCAGCCCCGCAGACGUGCUGGGACUGCUGCUCGACAGGUACGGGGACCUGGAUAGCACUGGCAGUGAUGAGCCUGGCAGCCCCACCGUCCCCCCCGACAGCAGAGCAGCCGUGCGCAAUGCCAUCGCCUCCAUCCUGCGUGCCUGGCUGGAUCAGUGCCCCGAGGAUUUCCACCAGCCCCCCGAGUACCCCAGCCUGCACAAGGUUCUGGAGUACCUGCACCGGACCAUGCCGGGCUCCGACCCAGAGAGGCGAGCCCAGAACCUGCUGGAGCAGCUGCAGAGGCAGGACCAGAGCGAGCCGGAGAGCGAUGGUGGUUUCCACGGCAACAGCAGCUUCUGCCUCGGCGAGGAUGAGGAAGUGGAGGUCGACGCUGCCGAGGAUUUCCUGAGCAUUCCGGAAGACCUGGUGGCGGAGCAGCUGACCUUCAUGGACGCGGAGCUCUUUAAGAAGGUGAUCCCUCACCACUGCCUCGGCUCCAUCUGGUCCCAGAGAGACAAGAAGGAAAACAAGCACAUCGCGCCCACCGUCCGCGCCACCAUCACCCAGUUCAACUCCCUCACCAAGUGUGUGGUGUGCACUGUGCUGAGGGGCCAGGACCUGAAGCCACAGCACCGCGCCAGGGUCAUCGAGAAGUGGAUCAACACCGCGCAGGAAUGCCGGAUCCGGAAGAACUUCUCCUCCUUGCGAGCGAUCAUCUCGGCUCUCCAGUCCAAUCCCAUCUAUCGGCUGAAGAGGACCUGGGCCAGUGUCCCCAAGGACAGCAUGCUGAUGUUUGAGGAGCUCUCUGAUAUCUUCUCUGACAACAAUAACUACCUGACGAGCCGAGAGCUGCUGAUGAAGGAAGGCACUUCCAAGUUUGCAAACCUGGAGAGCUGCGUGAAAGAAAACCAGAAACGCACUCAGAAGAGGCUGCAGCUGCAGAAAGACACGGGAGCCAUGCAGGGCACUGUCCCCUAUCUGGGCACCUUCCUGACAGACCUGACCAUGCUGGACACUGCGCUGCCAGACUACGUGGAGGGCGGUCUGAUUAACUUUGAGAAGAGACGGAGGGAGUUCGAGGUCAUUGCGCAGAUCAAGCUCCUGCAGUCCGCAUGCAACAGCUACUGCCUGAGCGCCGACCAGGCCUUCCUGCGCUGGUUCAGGAGCCAGCAGCACUUAACUGACGAGGAGAGCUACACCCUGUCCUGUGAGAUCGAAGGCGUCGCAGACAGCAGCCCCACCUCCCCGAAGCCUCGCAAGAGCAUGGUGAAGAGACUGAGCCUAUUGUUCCUGGGUACAGACGCAGUGGCCAGCAGCACGCCGGUGAAGGAGAGCCCCAAGUCGCCCCCUAGUGGCAGUUCCGGGGAGAGCAUGGACUCGGUCAGCGUCUCGUCCAGCGACUCCAGCCCCUCGGAGCUCGAGGUGGCCUGCCAGACCCCCGACGCACCCCUGAAGAAGCUCUCAGAGUCCUCGUCAUGCUCUUCGAUCCACUCCAUGGACACCUCGUCUUCAUCCCCCUCGCUGCCGGAGCCCCCCCCGACGCACAGGCGCUCCGUGUCGGGCUCCAGCGCACUCCCACUGCCUGUCUACAACCAGCAGAACGAGGACAGCUGCAUCAUCCGGGUCAGCGUGCAGGCCAGCAAUGGGAACCUGUACAAGAGCAUCCUGCUCACCAGUCAGGACAAGACCCCAGCGGUGAUCACGAGAGCCAUGAGCAAACACAACCUGGAGAGCGAGGCGUCCGACCGCUACGAACUGGUGCAGGUCAUCUCUGAGGAGAGAGAGCUGCUGAUCCCGGACAAUGCCAACGUGUUCUACGCCAUGAACAGCUCGGCCAACUUCGACUUCCUCCUGAGGCACAAGGACUGGGCUGUGGGGGGGCGGGCGGUGAAACUGCGCAGCCACUCGAGUGCCACGCUGCCACGGGCCUGCCGGGGGGGCUGCCUGAGCAACCGGCUGAGCAAGGUGACCCUGUGAGCCGGGAGAGAGGGGCAGCCACUCCACUCGCUGACACACACUCCCAGCGACACAUUCCAGAUCAGCUGUGUGUGUCAGCUGACCCGCAUUCCCCUCGGAGCUCCCUCUCUCCUGGGUCGAGCGGGACAGGAUCCCAGCCCUGCAGAGGAGAGCUGGCCUGGCCAGCCCUCCCAGCAGACUCCCAGGCCCGGUCCUCGGCCUUGCGCAGCAGGGGCUCCACACAGACUGAUAUAGACUGAUCAGAGAUUGAUAUUUUGAUAUGUCAGAUGUUUGGAAUGUUUUGCACACGAAGGAGAGAAAGCUGCUCCUGAUUGUUGUUUUCCUUCAUGUACGGAAGGAGACGGGGACAGUGAGGAGUGGAUUGUAUUGAGUGAUGAAUAACGUGGGAGACUCACAUGGACUGAAGAAGACUCUUUCUAAAGUAUGGAUGAGGGUCCUUCCCCAGUCCUCUGGAUGACGAGUGACUCCUGCAUCACUUUCUAAAGUAUGGAUGAGGGUCCUUCUCCAGUCCUCUGGAUGACGAGUGACUCCUGCAUCACUUUCUAAAGUAUGGAUGAGGGUCCUUCUCCAGUCCUCUGGAUGACGAGUGACUCCUGCAUCACUUUCUAAAGUAUGGAUGAGGGUCCUUCUCCAGUCCUCUGGAUGACGAGUGACUCCUGCAUCACUUUCUAAAGUAUGGAUGAGGGUCCUUCUCCAGUCCUCUGGAUGACGAGUGCUUGUAACAAGUGUUCUGAUUGGCUCCUGAUUGGGCCCUAUUGUUUGUUUGUUUCCUUCUAUAAUGAAUCCACUUUCUCUGGUUUCCUAUUGGUUCGUGUUUCUCUCCGGGGGAGUGGCCAGAGCCUCGUCUUGGAGAGAGGAAGGAUCUGAUUGGUUGAUCUUCACUCCAUGGAGUUAGGUGCACUUGUUUUGGGAGGGGGGAGGGGGGUGAAGGGGAGGAUGUAAGAAUGUGACAAAAGGCAAAAUAGCAGAAAGCAAUAUUUUUCUUCAAAUAUUUUUUGUAAAAGAAAGAAAAAAUAGACUCUGACUCUUCAGCUCUGAGCACAUGGAGCUCCCUGUCUCUGAGACUCUGACUCUUCAGCACUGAGCACAUGGAGCUCCCUGUCUCUGAGACUCUGACUCUUCAGCUCUGAGCACAUGGAGCUCCCUGUCUCUGAGACUCUGACUCUUCAGCUCUGAGCACAUGGAGCUCCCUGUCUCUGAGACUCUGACUCUUCAGCACUGAGCACAUGGAGCUCCCUGUCUCUGAGUCUGUGACUCUUCAGCACUGAGCACAUGGAGCUCCCUGUCUCUGAGUCUGUGACUCUUCAGCUCUGAACACAUGGAGCUCCCUGUCUCUGAGACUCUGACUCUUCAGCACUGAGCACAUGGAGCUCCCUGUCUCUGAGACUGUGACUCUUCAGCUCUGAGCACAUGGAGCUCCCUGUCUCUGAGUCUGUGACUCUUCAGCUCUGAGCACAUGGAGCUCCCUGUCUCUGAGACUCUGACUCUUCAGCACUGAGCACAUGGAGCUCCCUGUCUCUGAGUCUGUGACUCUUCAGCACUGAGCACAUGGAGCUCCCUGUCUCUGAGUCUGUGACUCUUCAGCUCUGAGCACAUGGAGCUCCCUGUCUCUGAGUCUGUGACUCUUCAGCACUGAGCACAUGGAGCUCCCUGUCUCUGAGUCUGUGACUCUUCAGCUCUGAACACAUGGAGCUCCCUGUCUCUGAGUCUGUGACUCUUCAGCACUGAGCACAUGGAGCUCCCUGUCUCUGAGACUCUGACUCUUCAGCACUGAGCACAUGGAGCUCCCUGUCUCUGAGACUCUGACUCUUCAGCACUGAGCACAUGGAGCUCCCUGUCUCUGAGUCUGUGACUCUUUAGUGCUGAGCACUGCUAGAAAUGUGCCUCUCUAUCUGCACAACUGUCCGCUGAGUUUCAAUCUCCGGGCUGCUCAGUCCUUCUGUGCUUUUUAUAUUUUUGUUUUCCAAAUUCAUUAUUGUCUAUUUUUUUCACAGAAAAUCCACAUUUUCUUAAAGAAAUUCCUGUGAGCUGAAAGCAACACCACAGAUUAACUUUGCCCUGUUUGUUUUCUGAGUAUCCCAGAAAAUUAAGUUAUAUAUUGCUAGGAAUAAAUUAAUUGAGAUAUUAAAUGAGAAAUUUCUGAGAGAAAGAAAUGCACUUAGCUGUGGAUUUUAAUAAACUCAGCACAUUUUGCCAAAAAGUGUUCUUCCCAGAUGUUUGCAGAGCCCUCUGCAGGCAGGAUGCAGCAGGAGGACGCUGUGAAACAAUAUGAAACUUCCCUUACAAAUGUUUCCCAUAGUAAAAGUGUAAUCAAGCACUGUGAAAGCAUGGUAAAGCAUAGGCAAGCAUUGCAAAGCACAGAGAGCUAAAGUAAAGCAUAUUGAAAAGCAUUGCAAACCAGGGUAAACUAUGAUGAAUGAAUUGUAUUAUCAUGGGAAGUACCAUGCAAAAAUACUGGGGUAAGCGUUUAGAAGGGUUUCAACAGAAGAGCGAUUUAGAGCUGCCUCCUGUUUGCAGGUUUUUAAAAGCAUUUUCACUGCCGUGUGUCUGUCCUGACACAGGGCUGAGCAGCAGAGCAGCCUGGCUCUCUAGCUGAACUCUUUAGCAGCCCUUCUCCCUCCCUGGUCAGCGAGUCCUCAUGUCUGUGUUUCUGUGCCUGCCCAGCCCUGGAGGAGUGGACCUGGUCCCUGCAUGCCCAGUUAACCUGAACCAGUCCUUCGGCUGUUUUUUGUCUCAUGGUCUCCCCAGCAGAGCCAGCAGGGAUGCCCAUCCCUUGGUUUGUGUGUCACACAGCGCGGGUCUCCCCUGUCGCUCUGCGCGUCGCACAGCGCGGGUCUCCCCUCUCGCUCUGCGUGUCGCACAGCGCGGGUCUCCCCUCUCGCUCUCUGCUGCAGGGUUCACUCCAGGGCUGUGCAUCACCAAUGAGCUUUUUUCACAAAAAAUCUUUAUAUAUACAGUAUAUACUUUUGUAAAUAUAUAUAAUUUUUUUAGUAUUAACAUAUUGUUCUGUUGUAAUUUGUGUUUCCCAAAAUUGAAUCUGGUAGCAAAAAAAUAAAUAAUAUUUGCAAAAUAA